AACAGGCUCCCCUGCACCUACGCUCCCUGCGGCAGACAUUUCCCCACCCAGAGAGAGAUGAAUAUUCACAAGAUACAGGAGCACGAUUACUGCCAGCGCUGUGACGAAGACUUCCCCGACGAGGAACGUCUGCUGCUCCACAAAAUUACCAGUGUAAGACACAUCGUCUGUCCUGUCUGUGGCGUGGAAUUUCGCAGCACGGGCGGUCGCGACGUGCACAUUCGUCAAAAUCACCGCGCAGAUCAGAGCAUCAAGUGCCGCGGCUGCCCGCUGACCUUCAAGACCGCCAGCGGCCUGAUGCAGCACGUCGAAAGCAACGGGUGUCGCAGGAUUUCGCAGAGCCGUCUCAUCCAGCAGCAGCAAACGCGUCUUAUGAUCGCCGAAGUCCUGGACGGGGAUCGGCACAUCCACUUGGAGGAUCUUGACGACAAUGAUGGCGGUGUCAUGCUGGACGGUACCCCCUUGAAGAGUCCUAUCCUCCGCAAGGUCACUCCAGGCUGGGAUCCGAGCGAGUUCUUGAAUAUGACGCGCACACGCUACGUCUGCCAAUGCCGGGUGAGCUACCGACGAGUGGAGGAUUUUGAGGAGCACGUCAUUGAGGAGAUGCGUAAUAAGAAACCUCUGAGAUGCCCCUCGUGCUUCCGCAACUUCAAAUGCUCAGCAGAUCUAGUCGCGCACAUGGAAGCCGGAAGCAGCGGUUGCAGCGUCGCUGCUGGGUCCGCGUACGGCCAGGUCCUGGAUCAAUUGACGGGCGGGGUGGUCCGCGUCGCGGGACAGCUCCACGACGGUUCGAUCAAGUACGAAGCGGGCAACGUGGAGCCGCUGUACGAGGCGGAUACUGAACCGACGCUGAUGGGGGUAGACGUGAGCUACGCCAACAUUAUGUGGUGAUUUACUACUGCAGUACAGUAUGACUGCUGACAAAAGCGCUUGUUUUCGGAAGAAUAUCCGUUCAAUGGUGU